GUCUGCAGGCAGCUGUUCCUGUUUCUUUGGUGUGUUCUCUCUCUCUCUCUCUCUCUCUCUCUCUCUCUCCUAUUAUAACUAACUUGGCUGGUGGCAGGCCGGGAGGGGCGGCGAGGAGGAGAGGGACCCACAGAGAGAAGGAAGUGAUGGAAGUUGAUGGAAACCCUCCUCCCCCUCCCCGAUGCCGCACCCCCUGUCCUGGCCCUUCCGGGGGCUGAGCGAGAAUGGGAGGAGCGCGGGAAUCUGAACCCUGAAGGCGCCAGAAGGCAGAGAGAUCCCUCUGAGUGAAGAGGACGAACCUGGCAGGUCUUCUCUGAUAGUGGCUUUUUCUCUCCCCCCACCCACCCAAAACCUGAACUAGAACACCCCCACCCCCUGAAUUGGCCUAAGGAAAUUUCCACCAGCUUCCACACCGGGACAGGAAGUUCCAGCGUUCAACCCCGUAGCAUGCCUGGUCGGGUGCACACCUUACCAGUAGUGUUCAGUCCAGCAGGCCACCCACACCGUGGGCUUGGAGGACCAGCCAUGCCAGGCCAGGGGCUGCCCCUGCGGGUGGGCACCCUGCUGACAGGCCUGCUGGAGUGCCUGGGUUUCGCGGGUGUCCUGUUUGGCUGGACAUCACUGGUGUUCGUCUUCAAGACGGAGGGUUACUUCGAGGAGCUGUGUGCACCAGUGGGCAAUGCUACAGAACCAGAGGGCUGCAAGGCCCAGGAGGAGAAAUUUUCCCUUAUCUUCACCCUAGCAUCCUUCAUGAACAACUUCAUGACCUUCCCCACUGGCUACAUUUUUGAUCGCUUCAAGACCACUGUGGCCCGCCUUAUAGCCAUAUUUCUAUACACCACCGCCACGCUCACCAUUGCCUUCACUUCCGCAGAGUCAGCCUUGCUGCUCUUCCUGGCUAUGCCCAUGCUCACGGUCGGGGGGAUCCUGUUCCUGCUCACCAACUUGCAGGUUGGAAACCUAUUUGGCAAACACCGUUCAACCAUCAUCACCCUCUACAAUGGUGCUUUUGACUCCUCCUCUGCAGUCUUCCUUAUUAUCAAGCUCCUUUAUGAACGGGGCAUCAGUCUCAAGGCCUCCUUCAUCUUCCUCUCUGCCUGCAGUGUUUUGCACAUUGGGCGGACUUUCCUCCUGAUGCCUCGGGGCCACAUCCCCCACCCACUGCCCCCCAACUAUAGCUAUGGCCUGUGCUCUGGGCAGGAGAGCAGAGAGGAGAAGAUGGUUGAGCUGGAAAAGCUGAACGUGCGGUCGAAGGAGUUCUCAUCUACAUCUACGGAAAAGACCCUGGGACCCGAGGAGAAGCAGGCGACUCGCUCUUUCUGGAGCUUUGCCUUCACCCGCCGCUUUGCCUGGCACCUGGUCUGGCUGUCGGUGAUACAGCUGUGGCAUUACUUCUUCAUCGGCACCCUCAACUCGCUGCUCACCAACCUGGCUGGUGGAGACUUGAAGCAAGUUAGCACCUACACAAAUGCCUUUGCUAUUACUCAGUUCUUUGGGGUGCUCUGUGCCCCCUGGAAUGGCCUGCUUAUGGACCAGCUUAAACAGAAGUACCAAAAGAAGGCAGAAAAGAAUGGAUCUUCAACUUCCAUGGUGGCCCUGUGCUCCACGGUGCCCUCGCUGGCCCUGACGUCCCUGCUGUGCCUGGGCUUUGCCCUCUGUGCCUCGGUCCCCGUCCUCCCACUGCAGUACGCCACCUUCAUCCUGCAGGUGAUCAGCCGCUCCUUCCUGUAUGGGGGCAACGCUGCCUUCCUCACCCUCGCGUUCCCUUCGGAGCACUUUGGGAAACUCUACGGGCUGGUGAUGGCUUUGUCCGCCUUGGUGUCUCUGCUCCAGUUCCCCCUCUUCACUCUCAUCAAAGGACCCCUGCUCAGCCACUCCUUCUAUGUGAAUGUGGGGCUAGUGCUGGUCACUCUUCUGACCUUGGUCCACCCCUUCCUGGUGUACCGCGAGUGCCAACACUAGAAGUCCCUGCCACUGCCCGGUGCUCAGGACCUCACUCUGACUCCUGCUGUUGCUGAGAACACUUUAAUGAACUCCCUACCACCACCACCCCACCGCCCCCCACCCUUAGGACCUCAGUCCAGAAAGAGUUUGCUCAGCCAGGCAGCUUGUGUUAAAUAGCCAUGAUUAUUAUCAUCUUUUCCUUAAAAGAAGGAGAAGAAGAAGAACAUGAAGGAGGAAGAGGAGAAGAAGAAGGUGAAGGAGAAGGAGGGGAGUCCAGCAGUAACUCAGUAGGAUAAGCGCAGGUGGUACAAAGCAUAAGGACCGGAGUAAGGAUCCCGGUUUGAGCCCCCAGCUCCCCACCUGCAGGCGGUGAAGCAGGUCUGCAGGUGUCUGUCUUUCUCUCCCCCCUCUGUCUUCCCCUCCUCUCUCCAUUUCUCUCUGUCCUAUCUAACAAUGACGACAUCAGUAACAACAACAAUAAUAACUACAACAACAAUAAAAAACAAUAAGGGCAACAAGAGGGAAAACAAAUAAAUAAAUAUUUUUUAAAAGAGAGAAGGAGAAGGAUAAUAAGAACAGGAAAGGGAAGGGAAGGGGAAGGAGGAGGAGGAGAAGGAGGAGGACAGGACCCCAGCUGUUGUCAUCUAAGAUCUCAGUGACAGAGCUGAGGGUGUCAUCCAGAUCUGAGGGCAAGCACACAGACACCAGUCUGGGGGAGCAGGAAGCAUGUGACCUCAGCAGGUCCCCUCUCCCCCACUCCCUGAGGUAGGGAUGAUGGGACAGGAGGAGAUGCUGUGUCCACUCCUCUCUGGGGCCUCUCUGGCUCUGAAACCUGUGUGGGUCUGUGCCCUGCCCUGCUGGGGCGUUCCCAGCUGAGGAGUUAGUGUCCAGGCCUUGGUGUUUGAUUCUCCAUCUGGGACACAGCCCAGUUUAGAGAAAGGUACUGAGCAGCAGAAGUGUGUGUGGCUGGUCCCUAUGGCCCAAAGACACUGGUUGACUUUGAGCAGACACUUCCCCGUCCUGAAUAUCCAUCUAUACAGUGAGAGGCUUUGGGAGUUGGUGGUUCUUCUGGGAAAGAACAUUCUAGGAGGUCCUAAGAAUGACCACGCUGGAUGAGGACAGAGACUCAGGGCCACUGGAAGGUCCUUGAGAAACAGCUGAGCUGGCUAGGGGAGGGGCUUCUAUUGAAGCUGUCUGGGCAUGUUUAUCCUCUUUGGGGAAGAGGGAGGAUUUAUUGACUGUGGGCCCUGGAUGUGAGUUGUCUCUGGGGAAUCAUUUUUAUAGAAAAAUAAAGCCUCUCUGCUUAAGGCAAA